GUCACUUCCGGCAACGGCGAAGCCGGUGGUUUGCUCGGGUGGUCGCGCGCGCGGGACAGAAAGAGACGGAUCUGGUUAGUGAUAGCGGUUUUCCCGACCCGCCAUGGCCUCCCUGCUCAAGGUGGACCCGGAAGUUAAGAUCAAGUGGUGUCAAGCCCGCUAUCCUUCGGAAGAAUGCAAACCGGGCAGUAUGGUGACCUUGGCCUUACCCUCUUGUUUGUCUCGCGCUGCUGACAACUGGAGCAAUACUGCCUCUUACCAGGGGGUUCUACUCUGUAGGGUAGAUUCUUUCAGGGAGCGGAUUACAGGUGAAGCUGAAGAUCUGGUGGCAAAUUUUUUCCCAAAGAAGCUUUUAGAACUUGAUGCAUUCCUUAAGGAUCCUAUUUUGAAUAUUCACGAUCUCACCCAGAUCCACUCUGAUAUGAACCUUCCUGUUCCAGACCCGAUCCUGCUGACAAACAGUCAUGAUGGACUGGAUGGACCCAACAUGAAAAAGAGAAAGCUGGAAGACUGUGAAGAAACCUUCCAGGGUACCAAAGUCUUUGUCAUGCCUAAUGGGAUGCUGAAGAGCAACCAGCAACUAGUGGACAUCAUUGAAAAAGUGAAACCUGAGAUCCGGCUGCUGAUUGAGAAAUGCAACACGGUCAAAAUGUGGGUGCAGCUAUUGAUUCCCAGAAUAGAGGAUGGCAACAACUUUGGUGUUUCUAUUCAGGAAGAGACUGUGGCUGAGCUCCGAACUGUGGAGAGUGAGGCAGCUUCAUAUUUGGAUCAGAUCUCUAGAUACUACAUCACAAGAGCAAAGCUGGUUUCUAAAAUAGCAAAAUAUCCCCAUGUGGAGGAUUACCGUCGUACAGUGACUGAGAUGGAUGAAAAGGAAUACAUCAGUCUGCGUCUCAUUAUUUCGGAGCUCAGAAACCAAUAUGUGACUCUGCACGACAUGAUCCUAAAGAACAUUGAGAAGAUCAAGCGACCCCGGAGCAGCAAUGCAGAGACCCUAUACUGAGCUCUCAACAUUCUGAACUUAUGAACUGUUCAGUAGGCUCAAGACAGUCUUUGCCUUGGUUUAUGUGACUAUCAGGAUGGGGAAGCCGACUGGAAACAGUCCUUGCCACACUUCUAGUUAAAAAUCUAAAGAAACUCUCUCCUUAUUCUUUCUGGUUGGUUUUUAUUUGGGUCGUAGGAGUUGCCCCCAAAUCUUUGACAUCUAGAAAGUAUGGGGCAGAGCUUCUCUUCCUACUUAGGUGGGAACAGAGUAGUGGCCAAUCUGUUCCAGGCAAGGAUCUCAAUGCCAGCAGCCCUGAAUACCUGCUCUGUAGCAGCCCAAAGGAACUCUUCUUCUAGGUAGUUCAUCCCUUGACUAGCCAUCAGCAGAAUCCAGUCCUGCUGAGAGCUGAGCUGUUUCAACAUUAGUUCCACCACUUCAGUCUUCCCUCUGAAACUGCAGUUUGGGGAAAUGAGUGCCCUUUUCAUCUUAUACAGCUGUCCUUGUAACCUGUUCAAUCAUGCAGAUUUUAAUGCCACUAUAAAUUAAUCUUUCUAUCCCCUACUUGAUCCAUUAGAUUUGAAGUUUUGAAUCCAUGUUUAUCUCUUCCAGAGAUUGACAAGUAAGUAGCUUUCCUUUUGAUAUGGCACUCCUCUAUCCGACAGUGAAUCCUAAUGUAACAUUUGAGUUUAGGGGGCAUUCACUGGAUCUUGAGUUGGGGCAAGGCAGGCCUGCUUAGACUGUUGGUCCAGCCAGAUAAGUUUGUUUAACAGCAGCAUGAUAGUUCAACUGCUGAAUAUCUAAAUUCUCUCUUUUUCCUCAUCUUUUUUUUCUUUCUCCUGCCCUAAUAAGCAAGCCAGCAAUGGUAUUCAAGAGAGGUCCUGUGUCUAAAUUAAUUCUUUGGGCCUCAGUGUUGAUCUUUAUUAGUCUUGAAAGGAAGCUGGAAGGGGCACCAACUACCUGGGAUGUUACAGUUUUCCUUGAAAUGUCCUCCUAAUCUUUAUAUUCCUCUUGUGCAGUAGUCUUGUGAGUGGUGUUAGACUUGUAAAAACAGUGGCAGGGUAAAUGAAGUUUCUUGGCCUUUCUCCGUCUCCUUUUGAUUGUUUUUUUUUUUUUUUAAUCCUCUGCAGCUAUUAAGGGCUCAGGAAGCACAUUUUCCCUGGGCUCCUUGCAAAUGCCUUUGUCAUUGUCAUUUGUAGCUGGGCAAGCCAUAGUCUUCCCUGUGGCAAAGGCUCUUAGUGGUUCUCACUGUAGCUGCUACCCGAGAGCAGCCCGCCCAUCCUUCCCCUGUGUUUCUUUGUGUCAGCGGCUUUGUUGGAUUGUUCAUAUAUCCUUGCCAUGUUGAACGUAUGUACAACUUUUACUAUGUCAACAAAUUAAAAGUAAUAGGUACUUUGAAUUCA